UCGGCGUGUGUUGGGUGACAGCUCGAACAGAAAGCGUGCUGGAUCAACAUGGCUACGCUCGUCAAUGGAUUUGUUGAUCCUGUGUCCAGACAAUUGAGCGUGGGGCAAGACAAUGGAGAUCAGCAUCUCAGCAAAGAUCAUGAUGCAAUCAAGCUCUUCAUCGGCCAGAUCCCUCGGAAUCUGGAAGAAAAGGAACUGAAACCGCUUUUCGAAAACUUCGGCAAGAUCUACGAACUCACUGUUCUCAAAGAUAAAUACACUGGGAUGCACAAAGGAUGUGCUUUUCUUACUUACUGUGCAAGAGAAAGUGCCAUCAAAGCACAAAAUGCUCUUCAUGAACAGAAAACACUACCAGGGAUGUCACGUCCCAUUCAAGUCAAACCAGCUGAUAGUGAAAACAAAGGAGACCGUAAACUCUUUGUGGGUAUGUUAAGCAAACAACAAACAGAUGAAGAUGUGCUAAAGUUAUUUCAGCCAUUUGGAACCAUUGAAGAAUGCACAAUCUUAAGAGGACCAGAUGGCCAAAGCAAAGGUUGUGCUUUUGUUAAAUUUGAAAAUCCUUCUGAUGCCCAUUCUGCCAUCCGAGCCCUGCAUGGAAGUCAGACAAUGCAAGGUGCUUCAUCUAGUCUAGUCGUAAAAUUUGCGGAUACCGAGAAGGAGCGUCAGAUGAGAAAGAUGCAGCAGUUGUCUGGAAAUGUCAAUCUCCUCAGUCCCUUUACCUUUAGCCACUUAGGUCUCUAUGGAGCAUAUACGCAGAUACUGAAUCAGCAGGCUUUAGCUGUUGCCCAUCAGGGCUAUGUCAGUUCCCUAUCUCCUCCUCUUGGUCAACUACAGCUGCCUCCCAUCAGUCCUGCCUCUAGCCCAACCCUUCCACCCAGUCAGUCUUGCACACCCACUGGAUUAUAUGGAUCCAAUGUAACUGAUAAAAUGGGCAUGACUGCCCCUGCCCUACCUCCUUGCCCUCAAUUGCCAAAUUUUGCUCUGGGAGAUGUACCUUCCCAAUCAGAUAUUUAUGCCAAUGAUAUAUCUAGUCUGUCAAGCAAUCCUGUAUUGUUAUUCUAUCCCACUGAUUAUACUGAAGCCCUUGAGAAAGGCACUCCUCUGGCGAGUACUGAGCAGCCCUACCCUAGUCUUCCCUCAGCCUAUCCUUGUGUUUCCUCAUAUCCUGCAACCUUUGGCCAGUAUGCACCCACCUUAUGUCAGUCACCACCCCUCGCUUCUCCUGUGCAGAAAGAGGGACUGAAUUGGAAGUUUUCGAUGCGUUUAGGUCCUGAUGGAUGCAACCUCUUUAUCUACCACAUCCCCCAAGAAUUUGGAGAUGUUGAACUGAUGCAGAUCUUUAUGCCAUUUGGAAACAUUGUCAGCGCCAAAGUUUUUGUUGAUAGACUUACCCAUCAAAGCAAGUGUUUUGGUUUUGUGAGCUAUGAUAACCCUCAGAGUGCUCAUGCUGCUAUUCAAGCUAUGAAUGGAUUCCAAGUUGGAACAAAAAGACUCAAAGUACAGCUCAAGCGACCCAGGGAAUCAGGGCGACCUUAUUGAGCUAAAAAGGUGCCAAAGUGAAUCAUCCAAAGACCUCCCACCUGUCACUGGAGGAAGUCAUAUCACCCAGACUAUCAGAUGGGAUUAUUUAUUGGAGAGCCCUUGUAUAUAUCGUCUUCCUCUCCUUGUGAAUACAUUGGCGUAAUAUACACAUAUAUCUUUAGAUAAACUUUUAUGAAUAUUAUAUUGCACUAUGUCAUUUUGCAUAUCAUACUUGGCAACUAACUCAUAAGUCAUUGCAUGUUUAAAUUUUUUAUUUUUUUAUCAAGAACUUUCAUUGGUAAGUUGCUUAUUUCUCUUUUCCUUUCUUUCUUUCUUUCUUUUUCUUUUUUUUUUUUUUUUUGCAACUUAUUUUUAAAGGAGAGAAUUUUAAUGUAUACCCAGCAAACAAAAAAGCUGGAUAUUUUAAAAUACCAGGGAAAAGAAAGAAAUAUGUAUUUUGUAGAAUAUUCCUAGAACUAUAUAUCUCUUGUACAAAAAAGUUUUUUAUUGUGUCUUUUGUUUUAAAUUAUUAUAGUCAUAUUACUAAAAAAAAAUAUUUCUGUACAGAAACAUAUCUAUUGUACUUUUAUAUGCCAUUUAAUAUUUGAAGUAAAUGGUAAGGAUAUUUUGAAAUGUGUCAAAGAUUCAGUUAAAACUUUAAGAAGAAUAAAUUUUAAUCAAGUGAAUUUUUUAAAAAAAAUCUCAGGUAGCUUUGAAAAACAAAAUUUUUUAAGACAUCCAUAAUUUAAUUGGCCUUUACAAAUUGAUAAUAUAAAUCAUUUUUUUUUGAUAAAAGGCUAUAAAAUUGCAUGUACAUUAUAUAUACAUGCCACCUAAUUGUGGAAAUCUUAUAAAUCUUUAAACUAAAUUUCAUCAAGAAUUUUUUUUAAUAAAUUUUAAAUCUUUUUAAUGAAGUAUGAAUAAGAAUCCAACGAAAGUUUCUGAAAAGUGUGCCAUGUAAAUAUCUAAAGCUGAAUCAUCUCUUUUGGAUUCAUUCCAAAAGAAUUACUUUUUGCUUAGUUGACCCAUUUGAGUGUCACAUACAUUUCUGAUGCAUACAUAACUGGCAUCCAGUCUAUGCAAGCCAUAAAGAAGUAGAAGCAAAUUGCCAUGCCUCUAUUAUCCUCUUGUGCUAGUCUUUUUGUUUUUGCUCGAAAAGUAAUUUUAUAAGAUUUUAGCGUCCCUUGUAAAACCCUCACUGCAAACUAUCUAUUUUAAUACAAGUAAAGCUGACUCUCUGCUUAUGUAGAAAAUAGUCAAUGAAAUAUAUGAGCUUUGAAAGAGGGUCUUGAAGCAGUCAAAGAAUUUUAUAUUCUUUUUAAGAGAUUUACAGCUAUCAUCCAAGGAAUGUCAAGCAUUUAACUGUCCUUUUCAUGAAAUUCCAUAUUUUUCCAAUUCCAUGAUUAUAAACAUUUUUUUUUAACUCUUGUAAACAAAAAUUCAUGUUGAAAGCCAACACUUUUGAUAAUUAACAAAUUGAUAUUUCAAAAAAUAUAGUAUUCAAUAUAUGUGGGAUAGCUGAAAUGACUCCAAAAGUCCAUGAAGGUGCUAUGUUUUCUCUGCAUUUCCUUUGUAGAUAUUGUACUUCUCCAAACGCACAUUGCCAGCCCUUAAGAACACUCCUUGUUGUUGAGGAUAGAUAAAAGUACUUGGAUUCAUCCUUUUAAAAAGGAAUAAUAAAAUGCUUUAAUAAAGCAGAUAAUUUUUCUUUUUGAUACAAAUCCAGAUAACAUAUCUUGGUAAUCAGACAAAAAUAAAUGAAAGAAAGAUGGACACUUAGCUGUUAGUCAGUUUGCUGGGAUAAAUUUCCAAUGGCAAAAAAGGAUUUCUGUGGUUGCGAUGAAAUCCAAUUUAUAUUGAAAGAAUUUUCUGAGCUUAGUAAAAUCCAAGAAUGUAUAGUCCUAACACAAUUCAAAGUUUCUAAAGUCUUAGAAAAGUUUUGUACUCUUUGAAUUCAUACAGUCAUUUUUACCUGAAAUACAAAUCUCAACUUGCUACAUACAGGAAAUGAAAUAUUUUCCUCUGUAUAUAUAUUAUAAAUUUUCAUAGUGCUCCUCACUAUUUUUAAUAACAUAAAACAAAUCUAAAGAAAUGUAUAAAGGGAAUUUUAAUUUAAAACUCUGUGUCGUUUUUCUUUUGAAAGUGGCGGCUCAUACAUCAUAACUAUGUGGGUGCUAUGUAAAAUAUACUAGGAAGUGUUGCAUUUCUAUGUAAUUUAAAUUUUGUUCUUUUAAUUAAUUUUGAAUAAGUUAAUUAAUAAUUUAGUAUUUUGAAUAGUUUAAUAUUUUUUAAUACAGUAAUUUAAUUAUUAAAUUUUGACUUGAUGGUAAAUUUUUAAUUACUAACCAAUCAUGAAAUUUUAAUUAAAUAUUUAAAUUCAGACUAAAUUUUCUGUGUUAUUUUUCCUGCAUUUUUACUGUGAUUUUUAAUGAUCACUUAACUGAAGUUGAACAAAAAAAAAAUCAUAAAAUCUAAUACAUAUAAUAAUAAUAGUUUUCAUAACACAUUCAUGUGAUAAGUAUUAUUUUUAUAUGUAUUUAUUUCCUUGAAAGAAUUUGCUGUAUAAUAUUUUUUUAUUAUAAUUGAAUUUUCUAUUAUUUGAAAAUUUUCUUUUGUGGAAAAAUUGUGUAACCACGUAAGUGUUCAAAUAUACUUUUUCCUAU